AUGCUCGCGCCUACUUCCCGCGUGAGGGAGUUGGAGGAUGAGCUAAUGGAGGAAAGGUCCUCACAGCGAGAGGAACGUGGAGGAAGCGGUCGGGCCACCCUGCGCGGCCCCGCGGAGUCACUCUCCGUGGCCGGAGCUGCCCUCUUGGGGCCGCCCGGCGGGGCAGGCGUUGAGUAUUAUCACUGUGUUGGAGCAAGGGAAAGAGCCCUGGACCAUGGAGAGCCAUGUAAAAAUAGUAAGAAAACUGGGUGGGAAUGGAUCAAAGGUGUGAACACAGACAUCUCUCCUAAAUGUGUGAACAACGAAUUUCCACUGGUGACAGAGAACAAGGAAUUUCACACAGUGACAUUGGAAAAACAUGGAAACAAUGGCAGGGAAGAUUUUGCCCAUCAUCAUAUAGUUCAUUCUGGAGAAAAUUCGUUUAAAUGUAAUGAAUGUUUCAUGGUCUUCAGUCAAACUUCCCACCUUUUAGAGCACCACAGAAUGCAUACUGGUGAUACACUUUACAAGUGUAAUGAAUGUGGCAAAGCCUUUAGAACACAUGCAAGCCUUCUUAGGCACCAGGUAACCCAUGCUAGGGAAAAACCUUACAAAUGUAACGAGUGUGGCAAGGUCUUCAGUCGCAAUUCAUACCUUGUAAUUCAUGGUAGAAGUCAUACUGGAGAGAAACCAUAUAAGUGUAAUGACUGUGGCAAAGGCUUCUGUCAAAUGUCAAGCCUUAUAAAGCACCACAGAAUUCAUACUGGAGAGAAACCUUACAAGUGUAAUGAGUGUGGCAAAGCCUUUAGAGCACAUUCAAGCAUAACUGCCCAUCAGCUAAUUCAUGCUGGAGAAAAACCUUACAAAUGUAAUGAAUGUGGCAAGGUCUUCAAUCAAAGUUCACACCUUUCAAGUCAUCGUAAAAUUCAUACUGGAGAGACACCUCACAAAUGUAAUGAAUGUAGCAAGGUCUUCCAUCGAAAUUCACACAUUACAAGUCAUUGGAGAAUUCAUACUGGAGAGAAGAAGGCUUACAAAUGUAAUGAAUUUGAUAGGGUCUUCAAGCACAGUUCAGUCCUUGCACAACAUAAGAUAAUUCAUUCUUGAGAUCAUCCUUGCAAGUGAGUGGCAAAUUCUUCAUCAUGAGUUCAAGUAUUAAUUGAGAUCACAGUUUACACUAAAGAGAAAUCAUAUAACAUGAAUGUAUGUGGCUUUACCUAGGUUUCACAACUCACUGGACAUCAAAAUACACAUUUUCGGUGAAACCACAGAAAUGUAAUGUGCGUGCUGAGGCUAUUACCAAAGGACCAAAAUUGUAGAACAUCAGGGGAUUUAUACAGGGCAUAAUUCAUUCUCUAUUUCUCCAAAUUAAUAUCUGAUGUUGCAUACCGCAAAAUAAUUAAAAGUCAAAAAAUGUUAAAAUUCAUGACAUGAUAUAUGUUAGAGGUACCAGGACAUUUAGAAAUGGUCGAUUACCUUGAGGUUAUAAAAUAUUUUAUUCAAUUAUUUAAGGUUUAUUGAAAAGGGUUUAUGACUUUCAAUAUGAACUUUGAAAUUUGUUGGUAUUAUGCAUCCUUCCACACCUUUCAUAAUGGUACCUGGGCAAGUAUCAAUAGGAUGGAGGGGCCUACUUUAUUAGGUGAAGGUUAUUUUUUAUCUAAGUUCGUUGCCUAACUUCCUAAGUUCUCUGCCUUUUAAAAUUAAAUAUUGUCUGAAUUAAAGAGUAUGGAAGUGAGGCAGAGAAUAAUGUAAAACUGUGAUGUCAGUCAUCAUGCUUUUUGUGUUCAGAGAACGGCACUUUGAAUAAUAGGGAAGAAAAGCUCUACCAACUCACCAUGAAAUAUAGCAGGCCAAGACCUUAGGAGACUGGGAUAUUUAUCGUAUGCAAGUAAUAUGUUAUUAGAGUCUAAAUAUGUGUUAGAAAUAAUGCAGGGGAAAUGGUGGCUUCUUUCUCCAUUGAAGAGCAAUAGCUGUUGUAUAUUAAAGAGUGGUAAAAAAAAUUAGUCUUAAUGUUUGAAAUUGGAAAGAAAACAGUUACCACGGUGGAGAGUUUAAUAAAAAAAACCAGAAUAAUAGCGUGUUCUUGAAUGGGAUUCACAUUUAACUGUUGGCAUUACAUUUUUCAACUGUUUUAUUCAGUGUAUGAUAGAUCUCAUGCCUUAAUAAAAUUUAAACUUUUUAUAGUUAUGAAUGAAUCAUAUUUUUUCUACUAACAUAUUUUAUCUCAUUUCAGUAGAAUACUUCACAACAGAGAAUAACAGUUAGGCGCUUAAGUUUGAAGGAUCUAUAACUUUUUUUUUCUUGGAGUCGAUCAAGAUAUAAUUUUGGGAAUAUAUACUUAUGCAGUGCACUUGAAUUAUUUUCUCUGCCUUGGGAAGCUUACGAGGGUGUUAUGAAAAUGCAGUAACAGUGUAACUUCAGAAUCUUACACUCUAAAACCUGCAUCAUUGUUGAUGAACAUGCACUGUAUUAUUAUAUUUCCACAUGCCUCUUUUUUUGUAUGCCAAAUAAUACCCAUGGUGUGCACCUUGAUUUACAUGUGAGGAAAAUACAAAUAUAGUAAGAAAAUGAAAAAUAUUAUGAAAUAUUUAAAAAUAUGGGGAAUAAGGAUAAUAUUAAUACCAUCUCUUUUUAAUCCUUGUACUGCUCUGUGAACUAAUUUGAAAAAUUCAAUGUAGUUGAAUGUUCUCUUAAGAUUGAACAUACAGAAUGGGAAUUUUGUUUUGUUCUGGUAGAUAAACUAGAAACUUCACAAUUCACCUUCAUAACAUAUUGGGUAAUUUGAACUUGUAACAACUUUACUGGAGCUGUAUUGAACUCCACCUAAAGUUCGGUUUGAAUAUCGAGAAUGAUGAUUUUAUACACUGAAGUGUUAUGAAAAUGUUCAUUAUGUAAAGAGGCUUUCUGAGGAAAGCAGGGUUGACUCUGGCCCAAGCAUGGCUUGUGAGAGCAGGGGAAAGUGACUAGGGUGUUCUGUUUUGUUAAAGGGUGGGUUUGGGGUGGUGAUACCCACAUGUGGUUUGAACUCCCAGCUGGUGCCAAAGGAGAGAGCACUCAGGAUUAUUACCACCUUGCCCAGAUGGGUAGCGCAGGAAGACGGAGUGCAGAGGUGUGAAGGGUUUUAGUAGUCAAACGUCACAAAUGGAGUCUGACUACCAUAGCACAAUGUGAUUGUUGAAAAUGUUUGUGAAAUACUGUUUAACUAAAUUGCCUAAGAUAUUUUUACAUUUGUUCAAUGAAAAUUGUGUGGAAAUUAUUAUAUAAUAUAUAUGAUUAAGCACUUAAAAAAUUCAAUACAAGGCAGCACAUAUGUCAAAUAAGUAGUAUAAUUAACAUGCAGUCAUCAUGUUACUCCUGUACUCAGAAUUCAUUGUAAGCUCCCCACUGCCUGGAAAAUAAAGCCUAAACUUACCUGUGAA